GGAGCGGGCGGGGAGCGGCGGGCGGGGCCGGGCGAACGGGGCGGGCCCGCGGGAUGCCGGCGGCGCGGGGCGCCCGGGGCGGCGGCGGCAGCGCUUCGUAGGCGCAGCGCGGCGGAGCCCGGCCGAGCCGCGGCCAUGGGGCACCCGCCUCUGGAGUUCAGCGACUGCUACCUGGACAGCCCCGACUUCCGAGAGCGCCUCAAGUGCUACGAGCAGGAGCUGGAGCGAACCAACAAGUUCAUCAAGGAGGUGAUCAAGGACGGCAACGCGCUCAUCGCCGCCAUCCGCGGAUACUCCUCAGCAGUGCAGAAGUUCUCCCAGACUCUGCAGUCCUUCCAGUUUGACUUCAUUGGUGACACACUAACGGAUGAUGAGAUCAAUAUUGCUGAGUCCUUUAAGGAGUUUGCAGAGCUGCUGCAAGAAGUGGAGCUAGAGAGGUCCAUGAUGGUGCAGAACGCGAGUGAUUUGCUGAUCAAACCUUUGGAAAACUUCCGAAAGGAGCAGAUAGGGUUCACCAAGGAAAGAAAGAAAAAGUUUGAGAAGGAUGGUGAGAAGUUUUACUCUAUGCUGGAUCGCCACUUGCAUUUGUCUUCCAAAAAGAAGGAAUCUCAGUUACAGGAGGCUGACCUUCAGGUAGACAAAGAGAGACACAAUUUCUUUGAGUCCUCCCUUGAGUAUGUGUACCAGAUCCAAGAAGUACAAGAAAGCAAGAAAUUCAGUAUUGUGGAACCGGUGCUGGCAUUUCUCCACAGCCUUUUCACUUACAACAACUUGACAGUGGAGCUGACACAGGAUUUCCUCCCGUACAAGCAGCAACUCCAGCUCAGCCUGCAGAAUACAAGGAAUCACUUUUCCAGCACACGGGAGGAGCUAGAAGAUUUGAAGAAGAGGAUGAAGGAAGCGCCCCUAACCUGCAAGCUGCCUGGGCAGCCAACCAUCGAGGGUUACCUGUACACUCAGGAGAAAUGGGCACUGGGCAUCUCCUGGGUGAAAUAUUACUGCCAGUAUGAAAAAGAGGCAAAAACUUUACGGAUGACACCCAUAGACCAGAAGCCUGGAGCUAAGCAGGGCACGUUGGAUCUGACCCUGAAAUCCUGCGUAAGGAGAAAGACUGACUCCAUAGACAAAAGGUUUUGUUUUGACAUUGAAACUAAUGAAAGGUCCGGGACCAUCACGCUGCAGGCGCUCUCCGAAGCCAACCGAAGGCUGUGGAUGGAGGCCAUGGACGGGAAGGAACCGAUUUAUCACAGCCCCAUCACGAAGCAGGAAGAAAUGGAGCUGAACGAGGUGGGCUUCAAGUUUGUUCGGAAGUGCAUCAAUGCAGUGGAGACCAAAGGAAUCACUACGGAGGGCGUGUACCGGACUGUUGGCAGCAAUAUCCAGGUGCAGAAGUUACUGAAUGCCUUUUUUGAUCCAAAAUGCCCUGGGGAUGUGGAUCUCCAGAGUGGGGAUUGGGACAUCAAGACCAUUACCAGUUCAUUGAAGUUCUAUCUCAGGAACCUGUCUGAACCCGUAAUGACAUACAAGCUCCACAAAGAGCUAGUCCUGGCUGCCAAGUCUGAGAACCUGGAUUACAGGCUGGGAGCCAUUCAUGCACUGGUCUAUAAACUGCCUGAGAAGAACAGGGAGAUGUUAGAACUCCUCAUUCAGCACCUUGUCAACGUCUGUGAGCACAGCCGGGAGAAUCUGAUGUCACCUUCCAACAUGGGGGUGAUCUUCGGGCCCACCCUCAUGCGAGCACAGGAGGACACUGUGGCAGCGAUGAUGAACAUCAAGUUCCAAAACAUCGUGGUCGAGAUCCUGAUAGAGCACUUUGGGAAGAUCUACUCUGGCCCCCCAGAAGACACCACAGCCCCCCCAGUGCCCCCACCUAGGGUGGCUGCCCGGCGGCACAAACCCAUCACCAUCUCCAAGCGUCCCCUGAGGGAAAGGCCUGUCUUCUUCGGUGCCUCUGUGGAGGAGAGCGAAGCAGAGUGGCUCGGCCAGACCCCCAAUGGUGGCGGCGUGGAGGCCCCCAAGCCCCUGCACCGCAGCCGGCUGCUCACGCCCCGGCCAGGGGGGGACGAGCCGGGGCGUCCCUCUGCUGAGAGCCGGCCCCAGCCACGCACUGAGCCCGAGCUGGGGAAGCUGGGGAACAGACUGCAGGAUGGAGCGGCAAAGCCAGGUGGCAGGGCGGCCAACGGGGUGGUGACCAGCCCUGCCCUGAGGACCGCCACGCUGCAGGCCAGGAGACCGGCGCCCCGGCCAGGCAUCUGUGGCAGAGAGGGUGACUGUGACAGUGUCCCUAAGCCACGUUCCCAUGGUGAUAAGCCCGUGAUAACGCGUCCCCCUGUGAGACCUCCAGAUCCACCGUGCCGGAUUCCCAUCCCUCCAAAGCUGGAGCAGAGGCCAGAUCUGAUAGCAGGGACAGCAGAGGAGAUGCCCUCAUCUGUGGUGGCCUCUAGGACCAAGUUCUUUGAGACAGCUUCCCGAAGAACAGGCAGUUCUUCAUCACCACAAGGCAGGAUCCCAAGUGAUGAGAGCUGAGACUAAAGGCUUUGCAAGCACACCUCAGCCCAGCUGGACCCAGGAAACUUUCUGUGUUUGUGACCCAGGAGUAAGAGCUGACCCUUGCCAGCCACAGUGCCCUGGAGAGCAGCUAUCUUACUGGACGAUGAUUUCCAAGCCGCAACUGGCUCAAGAAAUUAGGAGAGUGAGACCACAAUGGCAAGCAGGUCCUGCCCGCACAUCUGUGUUGAACUGUUUCCUGCCCUCCCUCCUCUCCUCCUCUCCCUGCAGGCUGUGACAGUGCCCAUGUGUGCCCACGCAGGUGACAGCAGCAUGGGGACAUGGAACGCCUGUUCACCUGCUCACUUUCAGGAACACACUUUGAAAAGGGUGUUGGGACAGCACAGGGGCUGAGUCCCUGUGUUUGGAUGCAACGGCAAAACAGCUGCACUCCCCCCUUGCCCUGAGAAGCCCCUUCCUUUGUGUUUGUGUCCCUCACUUGGUCAGUGUGUGGGGCAGCCGUGUCUGGUGACGCUGCCCAUGGUGAUGCAGGCUGGGCAGGGAUGGGGGAACCACUGUGCUCAGUUCUGUGGAAUGUUGCUUCAUCUUCUCCUGGAAGUCCUUGGCCUGGGGACACCACGCUGACAGGCGUGGUUUGGCCAGGGGCUUGGCCUGAGCCGUGUCCACAGCCUUGCCUGGGGUCAGCUACCAGGCAGCACCCUCGGGUCAGCAGCCUCCAAGGGUGCAGCUGCAGGAAGGGGCAGCACGUGCUCCUCCUCUUCCUCUUCUUCCACUGCCUCCUCUUCCAUGCGAGCCACACUCCCACCAGAUCCACUUCUCACAGCCCACCAGAAGUCUCCAUCCUGGGUGAUUACGGUGGCCAGCACAGAGGUACUGAGGAUCUGAAACUCACUGAUUGUGGGUCAAACCCAUUGUUUUUAUAAGAACUGCCCAGUUUCUUGUUUGCUUGUUUAUUCAUUUCAGUACAAGAUGCCCAGUCUGUCCCUCAGCCAUGGCCCCGUGGAUGAUGUCCAUUGGCCUGGGAGGAGUCUCUGACCACAACCUCUGUAGCAGUAGGGGCUUGUCUCUUGCUCCAGCUGCCAUCAGGGCCCAACUCCAGGGCUUGUAUGGCAGAGAACUGCUUCCCUGCUUCCUCCACCUGCACAAAGAUGACUCCUCGCUUUUGAAUGGUUUUCUUUAGGUGCUGAGAGCAUUUGCAAAACAGUGGCCAAACAUUCCUACAGCUGCUUCCUGGGUGCUCCAUCCCUCGAGCGUGCUGUGUCCUGCUCAGCGCUUUGCCUCUGUGUGACCUCGUGCCUCUUAUUGCUGAAUGGCACACAUUGGCACUCACAUGUGUCAUGUCCAUGGUGCUCUCGCUUCCUUGGCUUCAGCAGUGCCCCAGCUGCUCCCUCCUUUAGGCCUGGCACAUGAAAGUGGCUUUUAAACCAAACCAACCUUGUGCUGUGGCAGUUGAGCAGUGCCACAUGCGCUGGAAGCACCUGGAGCUGGGCUGGGCCCCUCCUGCUGUAGCCACUCACCAGGGGCUCAAGGACAAUGCACAGUGGUUCUGAUUAGGGAUCUCUGAACAGGCAGGAUGGAGCUGAAGCUGGAGCGAGCUGCUCUGACCAGCCUGGUAGUGGGGCCACCUGCCUGCAGCACAUCAAUCCUUGGCUCUACUGGGAUAUUGGGCCUGUGGCUCUCACCCAAGAGGCCAGCAUUUCCCAGCUGUCUGUCUUGCUUUGGGCUGCUGUUUGGGAACCCCUUGAGCCUGUCACCUUGGGUUCUGCUGAUCCAUGUGUCUCUGGAGCCGACAUUCAGUGGGAGCAGUGGCUUGUCCCAUCCUCCUCAUGCUCACUGCCCAGCACAGACCCCCAGGACAGAGUCAGGCUCUGUGGGUAGGGAGAAUCCAAGGGUUGGUUGGGUUUCAGUCUGACAGUGUGAGCAGUGGGGAGAGGCAGCUUUCUGCAUACUAUUUCAUGAUGUCCUUUUGAAGUUCUUUGUCACUUGUAUGUCUGUGCUGAUUUUUCCUGCCCCUGUGGGUGUAGCUGAACAACACUGGGGACCAGCAGUUGGAGUGGUAGGGGAUGCUGGCUGUGCUGACGAGGGGCUGUGGGGUCCAAUCCCUGCUGCCAUGAGGCACAGUCCCUGCUGCUGUGGGACCCAGUUCCUGCUGCUGUGGGGCCCAAUGCUGUGGGGCAGCUGUGAGCACAGUCCGUGCUGCCAGUGGUCCAGAGUGACAGCUGGGAACGCAGGAUCAACCUGUGCAGCAUGGCAGCCCCCCAGCAUCAGCCCCAGAGCCAUUGUGAUGUGUACAAGCUUAGGUUACUGCACGUUUAUAAAGUUUCCAUGAAGUGAACCACCUCAGUGUGUUUUGUUCCUCUUCACCCUGGGCCCAAGCGCUGCCCCCACUGCUGCCCUCUCUGCAGGCAGGCCUUGCUGUGGGGGUCCAACUGUGUGCCCUGGGGAGGCCACACAGGGCUGUGUCCAUGGGAGUGGGAGUGUCCUGGGCUCUGCCAUAGCCCCACUCUGGGUUUGCAGUCCUCAAAGCUGGUUUUCUGCCUUUUUCAGAUUGGAGAAGCUACCCUGCGAAGGCUGAUUCUUCCUGCGCUGCCACAGUGCCUGAAUAGCAUCCUGUGCCAUGGGGUCACUGAGAUUCCAGUUUUCCUGUGACCACCAGUGGCUUCUUUCUAUCUAUCCAGCACUCUUCCCCUCCCCACAUUUUGACGCUGACAUUGUGCACCAGUGUUUGCUUUUCAGGCUUCUUGCUUUUCUUUAACAGCAAGCUCUCUCUCGGGAGAGAACAGCUUCUCUCUCUGAAAUGGGAAUCUUACAGCCAGCUUUGGAGCCCAGAUUUCUGGAGAAGCCUGACAGAGAUGACUGCUCCAGAGGGUGUUCCUGGGGGCCCAGGGUCAGCAGAGCUGCUCUCACAGCCACGAAGAUCCCCAGCCGGAGAAGGGGAGCGUUCCCAUCCACACCCUGCUCAGGGCUGGUCGCUGUUUUGGGGAUCCUCCUGCAGUUAUUUUGUGCGUGCCCGGCCCCCCCCACGGGCUCUUUGUGCAGCACUGGCCAGGUUUGCCAGCGCAGAGAGGUCUGUGCCGUGCCCUGGCUCUGGGCCCAAGCAGCUGCAGCACUCCUGGGGCGGGCAUGGACACGGUGCACCUGGAGCAGCAGCUGGAGGGUUUUCUGCUUGUUUUUUCUGGCUUCUUAUUUCUCUCAAAAGUUUCUUUGUGGGGCUGUAACUUUUCCAGGGCUGGAUAUAUUCAAAACAGCCGCAUUUGGGGACCUAAACUGUUUUCUUUCCUCACUAGGCCUUGUAUGAAGUGAUCAUGAACUGGAAUGAGCAUUGAGGCACUGCCCCAACAAUACUUAUCUCCUAACCCACAGGUGCCUGGCUUGCUUUCUUACAGAAAACAUUUGGAUUUAAUUUGAGCAAGAAAAUUAUUUUCCAGCACAAGUGAAACCUUUCAGGUUUUUAUAGAGAGGAGACAACAAAACAAACAAAGCUUGAGCCCAAGCCUCAGUGAGUUCUUUUCAGAAGAAGAAUUUGAAGAGAGCAAAGACAUUGCAGCAGACACAUCUGUGUGACAAAUUUAGAAUUGAAAUAUACUUAGUGGAGCACUGAUAUCUGAAAUGUAUAUGCUACGCAGAGACCCAUGAAGGCGCCGGAAUCCACCCACGUGGGACUCCUUGAAGGAUCAGAGCUGUAGUUUUCAGUUCUGUAGUUCUCCCUGACCCAUCCCACUGCAAAAUUAGCCAUUUGGAUGCUCCAAGCUGGGAGCAGCUCCCUGUGCUGGGCGGGUUCCUGGCAGCCCUUAGCAGGUUUCUUGGCCUGUACACAUGGUUGUAAAUCAGGUCGGGCCUCCAAAAAAUUCUGUGAUUGGCUUAAACAAUCAGGAGAUGCUUUGGACCAGUAAAGGCCACAAUAUUUUCCAUUUUCUGUGUUUUCAGAAAUUUAAGAAAUGUUUUAACAGCCUCUGCCAGGGUCUCUAAGAGCUCUCACAAGGCAGAAGUUCUGAAGACCCUUGAAAUCCUGUGUAAAAUGUGGCCAUGCCCAUGAAAGCUCAGAGAGGCAAGUCUCCAGGAGCUCCAUCUUCCCAUAGCUUCAUCCUUUCUCACUCUGUGUCCUGCACACCCCGGGUCUCUUCAGUGCCUGGGCCCCACAGGCUCCCCUGGUGGCCACCACACCAUGCUACCACCCCUGACACUGCGCCCUGCUCCAAUGGGAUGGGACACGGGGCAUGCCAGGCAGGCCCUGUUUGCCCUCCCCUUGGCACCUGUCCACCGCUGGCAGAGGGAAGCACAGCGGGUUUGGGUAAGGAACAAACCCUAGCGUUGCUUGAUGUCCCUCGUGUCAGGGCACUUGAGUCAGCGUGACCCUGUUGAGGUCUGUGGCUGCCUCUGACUCGUCCUGGGAGCGUGGGCACAGCCCUGACACCAUGGAAGGCACACAGGGCUGGCUGCCAGCGCAGCAGGGUCACAGUGCUGGUGCUCACAGGCGUGCAGGGAGGGGAACCACUGCUGAAAGGGCUAUUUGACACAACUCAUCAGUAUUUUAGGAAACAGAACUUCUGUUUUAAAAAUAUCCCACUUUCUGCUCUGAGGACAAGAACAAAUAAAUCACCUUAAAGCAUGGGACCAUUUUGGGGUUUUCAUGAUGUUUCCAUGUUUCAGUUGGCUUCUUCUUCAUGGUAACUGGACUUUUUCCUGUGAGCUUGGUGUGCCCUUCUGCCAAGAUGUCUCUGAGGGCAGCUCUCAGUUCUCGCUGGCAUGUGGCUCAUCCCCAGUGCUGACAUGGUGGCUGUCACCAUGCUUCCAGGCCCCACAGCUACAGCAUUUAGGAAUGGUCAGGGAGGUCAGCAGCUUCCCUGUGAGCUGUAGGUCCUGGUGAGCUGUGCAGGGGGGAUGCAGGGUGUAGGAUGUGGGAUGCAGGAUGUGCAGCAGAGGAGGCUGGAGCAUAGAGGGGCAGAAAGAGUUGAGGGAGGUGAAUUUGUCCUUCAGCUAGUUCUGACCCAGCAGCCCCCAAACACGUUCUUUCACUGUCCUCCCACAGACACUGUUCAAGCCACACAGGUUUGGGGCCAUCAGAGACUAAGGCCAGUGUAAGCCUAGGAUGUGUAGCCACUGAGGGACCAAGUCCAUCGCCCCAUGAGGCACUGGACCAGUGAAUGAAUGUCCCUGGUGACAUUGCUUCCAAGUGGCCAUUAGGCAGGUGACACUGGGGCUGACAUGCUGGCAGGUACCCAAUACACCAAACCAACCCUGAGAUGCUGAACCUGCUCAAUGUCCAUUAAGGGUGAAUUGUGGAAAAAACACAUUUUCACUGUGACUCAGAGCAAGGGAUGGGAUCAGGUUCCUUGCAGAUGACAAACCCAAGGGUUUUUGUUCUCUUGGCACACUGUUCUUCAGCUCAUGGAGCACAGUUUGUGGAGUGCUGCUGUGCAAUUACACACCAGACAUUGCCAGCUAUUUGUGGCCCAAUGAGCUGCUUUUAUUUUUUCCAAGCUCUUUGCUUUAUCUCAGUGAAUCAAAUCUUGGCCCUGGGCAGGACUCACAUCUGUGCCUUGAAUUAACAAGUGGCUGAUAAGCAUCUUCUUUAUUACUUGGAGGGCGUAGGUCAAAUUUAUAAAGAUGUUCCAGAAGAAUGGAUUUAUAACUGUUCAUAAAGAUACCAAAAACAAUGACAAGAGCAGGAGGAGACUGGCCUUUAUUAGCUCCUUGCUUUGAGAAAUACAUUAAUCAACUGAAAUUCAGUUUAAAAGACCUAAAGAGGAAUAUAUGAAAGGAUUAGCCAAUUGAUAUGUAAUUGAAUGAUGAGUUCAGACAUGAUUAAUAGUGAGAUAUGACUGUGAAAGAAAGCUUACAAUGACUCAAUGUAUAGCCUCAUCUACUGGCAAAUGACCUACUGAUUCCCAGCACCUUUUCUUGCUGGCAGCCAUCACACCCACAGCGAUUUCAUGCACAAAAUCGACACAAAAGCCAAAUGCAGGUAGAGGGUAGAGCUCCAGCAAACCAAAUUCUGCAUUUAUUGGACUCAGAACAACAGCAGAGUUUCAGGUUACAAAAAGAGCUUAACACCAAGCAUGAGGGGCCACUCCAUCAUAUGGCUGGGGGCUCACGUGGGCCCCAGGCAUGGCUGCAAGAGAAAUGAGAAUUGUCAUUUAUCCCCAGCACGGUGUUGUUGGUUUCUUGACCUGGGUGCCAGGCAAGCCCCUCUCUUUGGUUACACAAAUAAACGUUGUUCAGUCCCACAUGGGAACUUGUGAGUUGCAGUUGUCCCCAGGGCAUCCUGCACUGCACCACACUGGCCCCAGCAGCAUCUGUCACCACAGUCCUGCCCCCAUGCUACCAGGACACUCUGGAGCUCUCUCUUCCUUACCCAAUGCAUUCAGUUCCAAUUAAAAAACAAACAAAACAACAAAAAAAAAC